AUUAAAAUAAAAGCUGAAGAACUGGUAAAAAAUCGCAGCCAGUCGGAGGCGGUGCCGGACCUUAGGUCUCAGGUAAUCUCGCAAUCCUUCCGAUUAACGGGGAAGAAAUCGGAUUCCUUCCCUUGUCUCUCCGAUUCCCUAUUUGACAGAGAUUUCUCCAUCCGAUUUUGUGUAUAAUUUUUGCUGUUUUCGAUUUGGAGUUAGUUCUCCUCUGGUUGCUUCACCGCGCUUCCAAUUCAGGUUUGGGUUAUUGGCUGCACAAUGCAAUGUGUUGGGUGACACAACGUAUUUGAUUUGAUGGAGGAAGAGGAGGAUCGGAUUUUGCUGAACAGCUUGGGUGUGACAUCUGCUAAUCCCGAGGAUAUAGAGCGGGACUUGCUAGAGAAGGCAAAAAAGAAUAGUGAGAAUAGUGUUGAAGUUGGAGCGAUUGCAGAGGAAAACGUUUGUGAUAAGUUGGAUAGCACUGAUUCACCUUCUGCCAGCCAUGUGCAGCUCUAUCAGAAGCUUAGGGCUGUAGAAUAUGAAAUAGAUGCUGUUGCAUCAACAGUGGAACCGGGGAAGAAACUUGAAAGAAAUGAAGAACAUUCUUACGUUGGCACCGAUUCCCAGGAGCAUGGGCGUGAAGUGGAUGGUGUUUCAGCUUCUGCAGAUGGCCUUCAGCAUGCAAUAGCAGUUGACAGGCUAAGAAGCCUGAAGAAAACCCAACAGCAGUUGAAGAAAGAACUUUCUCAUUUGAAUGACAAACACGCCAAGACAAUAUUGGAGAUAGUCAAGGACAGAUCAAAACCUAAGAGAAAGUCUAAAGAGGUUAAGAAAUCAGUAAACAAUGGAGAAAAGAGGUUGAAAGUUGUGUCAUUUGAUGAAGAUAAUGAUUUUGAUGCAGCUUUGGAUGCAGCCACUGUGGGCUUUGUUGAAACAGAAAGAGAUGAGUUGGUACGGAAGGGAAUUUUAACACCAUUUCACAAGUUAAAGGGCUUUGAACGCCGUCUUCAAAAUCCAGGGCAAUCAAGUCUUCAAAACCCCAGGGGAUCAAGGUGUGAAGUAAAGACGGAAGAAGAGGAACACGAUGACUUUGCUUCUGACAGUGUCGCUAGAGCCCUCCAGUCAAUGUCAGUGGCUGCACAAGCUCGGCCAACCACUAAAUUGCUUGAUCCAGAAGCUUUGCCGAAGCUUGAUCCACCAACUCAUCCUUUCUACAGGUUAAAAAAACUUGCAAAGGUUCCCCUAUCUGCAGAAGACAAAGCUACAAAGAAAAUAAAAUGCAAAAAACCUAGACGGCCUUUGCCAGAUAAAAAAUAUAGAAGACGAAUUGCCAUGGAGGAAAGAGAUGAGGAAGCUGCUGAGAAUAUGUCAGAUGGUUUGCCUACAUCAAGUUUUGAAAGAGAAGAUUCAGGAGAUUUAGAAGAUGAUGUUAAUGAACCUUCUUCUGUAACACUUGAAGGCGGGCUGAAAAUUCCUCAUAGCAUAUUUGAUCAGCUUUUUGAUUACCAAAAAGUUGGGGUGCAGUGGUUAUGGGAAUUGCAUUGCCAAAGGGCAGGUGGAAUUAUUGGAGAUGAGAUGGGCCUCGGAAAGACAGUCCAGGUCUUGGCCUUUUUAGGUGCAUUACAUUUCAGUAACAUUUAUAAACCAAGCAUCAUUGUCUGCCCUGUUACACUAGUUAGACAGUGGAAGAGGGAGGCACGGAAAUGGUGCCCAGGACUUCUGGCAGAAAUCCUACAUGAUUCUGCUCAUGAUCCCACUUAUAAGAAGAUGCAAGAAAAAUCUGAUGGAAGUGAUGAAAGUGAAGAUUCAGAGGAAAGUGAUUAUAGGAAGAACUCACAGUCCAAAGGCUCAAAAAAAUGGGAUUCCUUGAUAAACCGUGUUUGGGGUUCAGAGUCGGGUUUGCUCAUUACCACCUAUGAACAACUACGACUGUUAGGCGAGAAGUUGCUUGACAUUGAGUGGGGUUAUGCAAUCCUGGAUGAAGGACAUCGUAUUCGAAAUCCAAAUGCUGAAGUCACUUUAGUUUGCAAGCAGCUACAGACAGUACACCGCAUAAUAAUGACUGGCUCUCCAAUUCAGAACAAAUUGACCGAGUUGUGGUCCUUGUUUGAUUUUGUUUUCCCUGGGAAGCUGGGGGUGUUGCCUGUAUUUGAAGCAGAGUUUGCAGUUCCUAUAUCAGUUGGUGGCUAUGCUAAUGCCUCUCCAUUGCAAGUAUCAACUGCAUAUAGGUGUGCUGUCGUUCUUCGUGACUUGAUUAUGCCCUAUCUUCUUAGAAGGAUGAAAGCGGAUGUAAAUGCUCAUUUGCCAAAGAAGACUGAACACGUUCUCUUCUGCAGCCUUACUUUUGAGCAACGUUCUGUGUAUAGAGCAUUCCUUGCAAGCUCUGAAGUGGAAAGUAUUUUGGAUGGGAAUAGAAAUUCUCUUUCUGGAAUUGAUGUAAUGCGUAAAAUUUGCAACCAUCCAGAUCUACUCGAGAGAGACCAUGCUUUUCAGAAUCCUGACUAUGGGAAUCCUGAACGUAGUGGAAAAAUGAAGGUGGUUGAGGAAGUGCUGAAGGUCUGGAAGGAGCAAGGUCACCGGGUUCUUCUUUUCGCUCAGACCCAACAGAUGCUUGACAUUUUAGAGAGAUUUCUGGUUGGAGGUGGUUAUACUUAUAGGAGGAUGGAUGGUGGUACUCCCGUCAAACAGAGAAUGGCCUUGAUUGACGAAUUCAAUAAUUCCUAUGAAGUGUUUGUUUUUAUUUUAACUACCAAGGUUGGUGGUCUGGGAACCAACUUAACUGGAGCAGAUAGGGUGAUAAUCUUUGACCCCGAUUGGAAUCCAUCGACUGACAUGCAGGCUAGGGAGCGUGCUUGGCGUAUUGGUCAACAGCGGGAUGUAACAGUGUAUAGAUUGAUCACUCGUGGAACUAUAGAGGAGAAAGUGUACCAUCGACAGAUAUAUAAGCAUUUUCUCACUAAUAAGAUACUAAAGAACCCACAGCAGAAAAGGUUCUUUAAGGCUAGAGACAUGAAGGAUCUCUUUACACUGAACGAGGAUGGGAUGAAUGGAUCAACAGAAACAUCAACUAUUUUCAGUCAGUUGACUGAUAGUGUAAAUGUUGUUGGUGUUCAGAAAAAUGAGAAGGAUGAGCAAAAAUCUGGCAGUGGCUCAGUAUUGUAUGCAGACUCUGCUGAUGAAAACCUAUGCAAAUCAGAGAUUGAAACUUCUGGAAGGAAUGGUUCCGUAGAGAUGGGCCAGGGUGGUGGAGCAGACGAGGACACAAAUAUCUUGAAGAGCCUUUUUGAUGCGAAUGGUAUUCAUAGCGCUGUUAAUCAUGAUAUCAUUGUUAAUGCUGAUGAUGGGGAGAAGAUACGGCUAGAGGAGCAAGCUUCUCAAGUUGCACGUAGAGCAGCCGAAGCAUUGCGUCAGUCUAGAAUGCUGCGAAGUAACGAGAGCAUCUCAGUUCCAACAUGGACUGGAAAAGCUGGAACUGCUGGUGCACCAUCGUCUGUGCGUCGGAAGUUUGGUUCAACUGUUAACUCUCUAGUAAACAACAAUUCCAAAUCCUCAGAUGAAGUAUCUAGAAACGGAACUAGCCAUUUAAAUGGCUAUGCUGCUGGAGCAUCUUGUGGAAAGGCCUUAUCUUCAGCAGAGCUGCUGGCUAAAAUCCGAGGAAACCAAGAAAGAGCAAUCAGCGCUGGGCUUGAACAUCAGACAACUCCUUCAAGUAGUUCAAAUAAUGUAAGAGUUGCUGGUAUUGGUUCUUCUCGGUCGUCGAAGAACUUAUCUGUAGUACAACCCGAAGUAUUGAUUCGUCAGAUUUGUACAUUUAUUCAUCAAAGAGGUGGAACCACUGAUUCAGCCAGUAUUGUACAGCAUUUUAAGGACAGGAUACCCUCAAAUGAUUUGCCCUUGUUUAAGAAUCUGCUGAAAGAGAUAGCAAUAUUAGAGAAAAGCCCUAGUGGUUCAUUCUGGGUUCUGAAGCCAGAGUAUAAACAGUAAUCUAAGCCACAAUUAGUCAUUUACUUCCAUUGCAUCAAUGCCGUUUCCACUUCUGACUUGGAAUUUUGUUUAGGCUAAAUUACAAAUCAUCUGAACUUUGUUUUUGUUUAAGCUACCAUUGGAGUAGUAAUAUGAAUGAAUCUUGAACGAACAUUGAGACGGUCACAUUGUUCCAAGUUUCUAUCAUGUCAUUCCAAGUCUCGAUGUUCGUUCGAUAUUUAAGUAGAUUUCUACUCCAAGUAUAGUUUAGAAACCUUUAUAAGAUCAAUGAUACUAUUAUAACGUCCAAAAGAAUAAAAUUCCAAAAUAAAGUUCAAGGAUA